UGGGUGACCUCGCGGGGCUCUCGCUCGCUCGCUCUCUCGCGACAUAACCUACAAAGCGUCGCGCGACACUGCGCCGCCGCGCCGCGCAUCUCUCGCUCGCGGCUACAUGACGGAGCAUUUCCUUCUUAUCUUUUCUGAUAUCCGCGAACGAACAAACGAACGAACGAAUGCAUAGGCUUUCCGCGGUGAAGUCCGCCGCGAGGAUGGCACGUAGAUACGCGCGGCGAACGACAUAUCGUGCGGUGCGCGGGCCUGCACAGUGAGAGAAGAGAGAGAUAGAGAGAGAGAGAGAGAAAGAAAGAGAAGGAACGCGCAGAGUGGGGGCAGCAGCGGCGGCGGCGGCGAUCGCGCCGCUCCGUGCCGCGUCGUGUCGUGUCGUGGCCCAACCCACUUUUGACGUGUGGCCGCUCUGAGGUCUGACAGGUCCCUGAACCAUGUACCCGCGGUGAUACGAGUCGCGCAUCUCCUCGAGCAGAGUACUCGUCCAACGGCCGGAGCGUCCACUCCGCUCCGACGAACGAGCGUGUCGUCGCGCGCGUGUUGCGUCGCGUCGCCCUUCGCCGCUGCGUCUCAAAUGGGUAUGGAAUUUUACGCGACGACGAUCCGAGAGCCAUAGCGCGUGGACAUAACCUUUAAAAGUCGCGACACGGCCGAGUUGUGUCACUCUUUCUCACUUCGUUAGCGUCGCUCGCUCGCUCGCUCGUUCGUUCAUUCAUCCGUUCGUUCGACGCGGCGAUGUCAAGAACCGUGAUUACUUCGUCGGCCUUCCGUUGUUGAGUUUCGCCUCGCGAAAACGAUAAUCCGUCUCUCUGAGCGACUGUUCGGGCCCGGAAACAUCCGCAUCCGCCUGCCUUCUUCAUAUUUUAUUAUUGUGCAUCGUGAUUCGUUCAUUUGUGUCGCUGCGUUCUCGCCUUAUUUUUAAGUUACAUGCACUACGUGUUCGUCGUACUGUACCUGACGAUGUUCAGUUUGAUUCUGUUCUGUAUACUUCUGUUCUCGCGCGACGUCAUAUCGAGGAUACAGUCUGUUUUGUAUCUUUGAGUUCUCGUCGCCGUUUUCGAUUCAAAUAAAUUCUCUUUUUCACGCAAACGAACUUUGUGUUUUUAUUUCGCGCACUUUGAUGCAACACUCGCGCGUGCCGUACCCACUAUUUUUCCUUACAUAUCAAUUCUGCACAGACAAACUUGCACUUUUGUCAAAGCGAUGGUGUACUAAGAGUUCGACAUUUGUGGACUGAUUAAUUGAGAAAAUUCUCCAAGUUGAGAAAAUGAAUAAUCAAGCGUUCAGUCUGGCGGAGAGGCUUAUACCCUCCACCUAUGUGCAACAAGGUCUAAACGCCAAGAAAUCUCGUGAGAAUCUCAUACGACACUUUAUUGAACAUCGAAAAUGGCCAGAGGAAGGUUGGGACGACGCGACGAUAGAAGCGUUUCUGUCAGACCUCUCGCAAAUGGACAGCAAUAACUUUCCCUCAAACUGCAGCGUCGGUGAACGCGAGGCGAGAAUCGUGUCGAAUAUCGUCGCCAGACGACACUUUCGUAUGGGCCACGGCAUAGGGAGAUCUGGCGAUCUCGAGGAAGUGCAACCCAAGGCUGCUGGUAGCAGUUUAAUGUAUAAAUUAACUAACUCGCUAGUGCUCGAAGUCAUACGAUAUAUGGGAGUAAAGAGCAUAGCGGGUUGCUUCUUGUCGCCAAUGGCUACGGGGAUGAGCCUAGUUCUGUGUAUGUUAACGCUUAAGCAAGACAGACCACGGGCGAAAUACGUUCUAUGGCCUAGAAUUGACCAAAAGUCUAGCUUCAAAUCUAUAAUCACAGCGGGAUUAGAGCCCGUCGUCAUCGAAAUGCAAAUAAUAGGGGACGAAUUGAAGACCGACAUGCAGAGACUCGAGGCUCAAAUGGCGGCCUUGGGUGAGAGCGUCGCUUGCGUACUCACAACGACCAGUUGCUUCGCGCCCAGGGCGUGCGACUCCGUGGACACGAUCGCGGCUCUUUGUACUCAAUAUAACAUACCGCAUCUGGUGAACAAUGCGUAUGGCUUGCAGAGUACAAGAUGUAUGCACCUCAUACAAGAAGCAUCGAGGAAGGGUCGCGUAGACGCCUUCGUUCAGAGCACGGACAAGAACUUUCUAGUUCCAGUGGGCGGUGCUAUCAUAGGUUCCUUCGAUAAGAAUCUGUUGGAUCGCAUAUCGAAGAUGUAUCCCGGACGCGCGAGCGCGAGCUCCGUCAUGGACGUGAUGAUCACGCUGUUGAGUCUUGGAAUGGCAGGGUACAAACAAUUGAUUGCUCAACGUAAGGAAAUGUAUUCUUAUUUGAAAGAGGAGCUGGGGAAAUUGGCCACCAGACACGGCGAGAGACUGCUGGAUACCAAGGGGAAUCCGAUAUCCAUGGCUAUGACUCUCCAAUGUCUGAGUCAUCAGCACGACAACAAGCAAGUUACUAUGCUAGGAUCAAUGCUAUUUCUCCGUAACGUUAGUGGUACUAGAGUAAUAACGACUACAGAUUCUAAGCACAUCGUUUCACAUAAGUUUGAAGGUUGGGGAGCACACAACAGCAAUUACAGAGUUCCAUAUCUGACUGCUGCGGCAGCAUUAGGCAUGAAGAGAUCCGACGUAGACGCGUUCAUACAAAGAUUGGAUAAAGCUUUAACGAAAGUGAGGAGGCGUUCAGCACCGGUGACGCCCACCGCUUCUCUCGCCGGCUCCAGCAUUAAUGGAGACGCGGGUGGUACCGGUGGACCAGGAGAAUCCAGCACAGCUUCAACCAGCCGCGCGAGUAGCAAAGACAGCCUGAGAAAAUGAACCGUAAUCAACGCAACUGGCCAGUCCAAUCAGCACAUUAAUAUCAAUUUGUAAGUAAUUUAUCACUUGCAAAUUGUUAUCUGCAGCAUAUUUCUGGGAAAUGCAAUUUGACGAGGAGUUUGUUUACAAUCGUUAUCGUGUUACGUGUUUGAGUUGACAGGAAUUACAAAAUUCAAAGCAGUGAAUGAAACUUUUCAUUUAUUUUUCAAGUUAUAUAAUACACACUUCUUCAGGACUAAUAGAAAAACAUUCCUCUUAAACAAGAUAAUACAGUGACACUUGUUGUAAAACGACAGUGUCGGCAAUGUAUUGUCUUGUUUUGAAAGAGAUCGUAAAAUUUACAUGCAUUUCACAGACAUAUGCUAGAUCCAAAUGUGCUGAUUCGUCUGUCCUCUUGCGUUGAGAUAUUGUCAAUUCAAACCAUAUACCAAGGAAUGGUAAGUUCAGACAUUAAAGAGAGUGAUCAUCUCAAAGUUAACAUUUGAAAACGAAGAAAAGGAAGCAUGAAGCAUUAGAAUUCUCAUGGGUCUCUUUUAAAAUAUUUAAGUGAUAAGCGCUGGCCGCAGAUAUGGUUGUUAAGUUUGUUCUUUGUUGAAAUGUAUACGCUAUUAUUUAUAAAAAAAAUAGGGAGUGUUAAAUUCUUAUACUUCUCAUCUUCUUGCUUUCUAAUAUAGUUUGGUAUAAAUGAAUACGAGGAGACAUAUUAGCUAAAGUAUCAUGAAUUGUACAUAAAUAUGUACUUGCUUUGUAUAUUGUAGAUUUCCUUUCUAAACGAGCGACUAAAAUCUUUUACAAUUACGUCGAUAUACGCAGCAGUAUCUAACACUCUGAUUUGAUGACUAUAUUUGCCGUGCUACUCUGCUAAAAGCUAUUGUAUUUUUUAGGGCAUUUAUAUAAUUAUAUAAUUACUUAUUCUGUCAUAUAUUGGCUUCAAAUCUCUAUUUGAACACUGCACAUGGGACGUAUUUUUCCCUUCUUUUUCUUCAAUUUAAACGGCAAGUUUACGAUAAUUAAGUAAAAAUAUAUAUUAUAUGUAAAAAAAAUGAAGCUCUAUAGUAAAAUAUCGACACGAACACACUAUUAGGAAAGUAUGUCAAAAUUUAGAUACAACGCAAUGACACAACGUGAUAUACGAGAAUGUUACAUUGGAUUUGCAAGAAGACUAAUAUUUUUGUGUAUAUAAGCGUCAUAUGUUGAUUUUUAUUUACAACAAUUAGAACAACAUCACAUUGCCAUUUUGUUUUAAAAAAAUACGGAUGAUGUUAUCUUGAAUUAUAUUAUCGUAUAAUAAGGAAAACACACACUGUGUAUCUCUCUAAGCUAAAUAUUUUAUGUAAAUAUUAAUAUUAUUUUUUCAAAACAUUUAGCACGCAACUUUUGAGCAAAUAACAUCGUAAUACCGAACACAGAUUUAUAUACACAGAUAUACACACGCCAUACGCGACUACGAACAGUCACACACGCAAUUUAUACAUGAGUACGGAAAAAAGUAUGUUUAUACGUUUAUAUAUCUGAAUAGGUAUAUACACAGAUAUUCAUACUUGCACCCCAUUCAUUGCGUAUGAGGGACAGUUGAUUUGAAAUCUCACACAAUCUAGAAAGAAUGUUAUAUCAAAGUUAUAUUUAUAAAUAUUUAAUAGAUGUAAAAAGAGAGAGACAAACCACAAUAAGCAAAUUAUAUUAGCGCUGUUAAAACUCUAUUGUGAGAUUGUAUAAUUUACAAUGCCUACUGUUAAUACAAUUUUUCAUUAGACAGAAGCAUUAUUUACUUGCGUUACUCACUUGUCGGGGCUUGGAUUUUGCGAUAUAACAUCCUAUGUUCGACAUCGAUAUUAGAAUAUUAGUCGAUAUCUGGCGAAAUUUGAUAACAGAACACGACGACUUUUUAUAAGUCACCGGCAAGUUCUACGAAAUAUAUUAUUAUUAUUACGAGCAGAAAAUGCAGUGGUAUAUACGAAUUAGCGUUUAAUUAAAUGCUUAGUUGGUAGUUUAUUAGGACGGCAGUGCUGAUCAACAUUAUAAAACUCCUAGCGUACUAAUUAUACGUAAUUAUAGAGAUUCAUAUCUUUCAAUUUUAAUUGACGAUCGCUGUAAUUUUAGUAGAUUGACGAUCCUUUCGUAUACGUGCAUAUAUAUCACUUUAUUUUCUUUUCUAAAAUUUAUCGAUGCUACAAUCUGCAGGAUUUCCUCGGAUCUUUGAUAUAAAACAUCUUUUUACUUAUAUAGAUUCUUUGACUAAUUCGAAGAAGAAGUCGAUUCUCCACGUAUUAAUCAAAGUGUAUAUAAAAGGUGGCUCGAUAAGUCUGAGGCGGUCCUGUACGUAUUAUAGCACUCGUGCUUUCAGACACAAGACGAAAUAUUAUACAAUCGUAUUACGUAUCUCAGCCUUAAGUCGGAGUUGUGUGUCAUUAACUGUUUAUUUAUCUCAGAGAAGAAAUAUUACAUACAGAAGAAAAAUCUAAGACGUAGUAAGAGGUUGCAAAACUAUUGCUAUAAGGAGAUUCUCGUAUAUGAUGCUAUAAUAGGAACUGUAUUGACGUUAUAAUAUUAUUUAAUAAAGAAGAAAUUAUAUGUAUAUACAUAUAUAUACAUAAUAUACAUAUAUACAGAGCGACUUAUAUAUCAGGCAUUGUGAUAUCUCGAUGUGUUCAGGCCGUUACGUCAAGAGAGAGAGAGAGAGAGAGAGAGAGAGAGAGAGAGAGAGAGAGAGAGAGAAUAUUUGACACGAAAAAUUGCAUAUUAUUUCGACCUGUUCAGUGAUUAUGUCAAUGAGUUUGCAUUAUAUUUAAUAUAUUUACUUACUAAUAACCAUGCGAAUUUGGCCGCUAAACGGAGCAAUAAUUAAUAAUGUAAAAUAUUUCCGAAGGGUUAUACUUUUCAUUCUGCAACGAGACGAGGUGUUAGAAAUUUUCUUAUUAAAGAGCAAUAGACAAAUCACCCCUAUAUACGUAUACAUAUGUAUACAUGUAUAUAUACGUAUACAUAUAUGUAAUAAUAGUGAUAUAUUCUAGAAUAACGUACGAUCUUAUGAUUCUCGUACUCGUAACAUUCCUAUGUAAAUAAAAAAAAGAGGUCUUUAUCUUGUUCACCUCCAUUCUCCCAGCUGGAUUUUGUAAAGCGAAGGCCAGCUUGACGAACAUCUCGCGCGCGCCUUUCACGCAUACAACGACACUUAUGGACCUAAUUUUAAUCCCCCCUCGGCCCAGUCCUUCCUCACCGUUGAGUUUCGAACACUGAGCGCGCUUUGACUGCAAUUGAUUGUCUUUUAUAACGAUAAAUAAUAUUCUAACAGACAGGCAAAGAGAGCGAAUGCGUUUGACUCGGGGUUGUACCUAUGUUCUCGCACGAGGAUAAUGUAUAAUUUAUAUAAGGAAUAAUAUAAACAGAAAAAGCCUCACCGAAUCACCGUAUUAUUAAGUUUAACAGUCGGUACGUACUAAAAUGCGCAGCAAUUAAGGCUUUAUGGAAUACGCAAUAUAUAAGGCGUGAAAGGAGAGAUAAUCACAUUUCACACGUAACUCUGUCCGAAAAAAAGAGUUUGAUUUUUUAAUUUUAAUAUAUAUAUAUAUGUGUCAAUAAACACACGCACGCCACACAUACACACAUAUGUGUACACAUCUCUAAAUACACACCUCGCUGACACACACAUUGUAUAUACGCAGUUGUUUUAACGAAUUUUUUAAUGAACGCAUUCGAGACUCGCAUUAUACGUAAGAGCAAAAUUUCAAGCACGUAAAUUAAGCACCAUUAUUGCAUCAUGCUAUCAAAUAGCGCAGCAUCCUCUCGAUCGCGGACAAUUUAUUAUUUGUAAGCCGACGAUCUCUUUAGGCAUUAUUUGACGAAAACUUGAAUAGCGACACCGAGCGAAAAGAACAAAACCAAGCGAAAAAUGUACAGAAUAAUUCGAGUAUGACGGGCAAACGAAUGGAUAUCACAUCUCCGUGUGUUUCUAGGUAAAUGUUUUCGUUUGAUAAUUCAAGAUAAAAGAAGAUACGUGACACGUGAUACAUGCAGAAUAUUAAUCAAACAAUUAGAGUAUGUAAACAGCGUAAUGUACAAGUUCUUCCCCGAAUAUGAUUAUUGUGUAACAGUUAAUGCUUUAUUUGUAAUAUAUGCAACUA